AGAGUAGGGAUCCACCUCGGUCCACACUCCAUUACAGUAGGUGGCGGUAAUGCACACCAGAAGGUUGCUUGCCAACCGCCAUAAAAACAAAAGAAGAAGAAGAAGGACAGUGUCACCUAAGGCUCGAGACCGGGGAGUGUGUCAGGAUGUCUUUGACCGAAGACGAUUAUGUGGUCAGGAUCAGAGGACUUCCAUGGUCCUGCACCCAGGAGGAGGUGGCCAGUUUCUUCUCUGACUGCGACAUCAUAGGGAAAGUCAAUGGGGUGUGUUUCACCUACUCAAAAGAAGGCCGUCCCAACGGAGAAGCAUUUAUUGAGUUAAAAACAUCCGAGGAUUUCAAGAAUGCUCUUGCUAAAGAUCGUAAAUACAUGGGACACCGAUACAUUGAGGUAUUCAAGUCAAACCAUAGCGAGAUGGACUGGGUGCUGAAGCGUAGCGGCCCUGAGGACUAUGACAGCUCCAGUGGCUGCAUGCUGAGACUCAGAGGCCUGCCUUUUGGCUGCAGCAAGGAAGAAAUAGUUCAAUUCUUUUCAGGGUUGAGAAUCGUGCCAAAUGGGAUAACUCUGCCAAUGGACUACCAGGGGAGGAGCACAGGGGAAGCCUUCGUGCAGUUUGCCUCAAAGGAGAUAGCAGAAAAGGCUCGGGGAAAACACAAGGAAAGAAUAGGGCACAGAUAUAUAGAGAUCUUUAAGAGCAGUCGUGUUGAGAUCCGAUCCUUCUACGAUGAGCCCCGGCGGGGGAUGGGGGGCCAGAGACCUGGGCCCUAUGACAGACCCAUAAUGGAGGGGCCCAGGGGUGGAUAUUUUAACUCUGGGCCCGGACGUGGUGGCUCUAUGGGGGACAACAUGAGGGGUGGAGGCGGCUAUGGAGUAGGUUACGGCCACAGCUUUGAUGGCUACAACGGAUUGAACAGUUCCUGCAGCUUUGGAAACUGCAUGUUUGACGAACGACUGAGAGAAGAACGUGGCUCAAGAGGAAUGGGAGGCCACAGUCUCAGUCGUCUGGGAGACGGAGACUCAGCCUUCCAUGGGGGCCAUUUUGUCCACAUGAGGGGUCUGCCUUUUAGGGCUAACGAGGUUGACGUGGCUAAAUUCUUCUCGCCUUUGAACCCAAUGAGGGUCCACAUUGAUGUUGCUCCAAAUGGCAAGUUGACAGGAGAGGCGGAUGUAGAGUUCCGCUCUCAUGACGAUGCAGUUGCCGCCAUGUCCAAAGACAAGAACCACAUGCAGCAUCGCUACAUCGAAUUAUUUCUCAACUCCACAGCCAGUGGAACCGAAAUGAGUCGUGGAAGUUACUAUGGUAACUCAGGAGGACGCUCACGAAUCAGUGGGUUGCGAGGCCUAUACUGAUAUUAUUCAUUACUUCCUAUCGUUCCUCCCCCCAACAUUUUUUUCCCAAACUUGUGAGCCCAACUGACAUUUAUGCCUUCACCUCCAAUUCUGAAGCAGUUGCACUUUUCCUCAAACAUGUUUGCCCUUGUUGCAAUCGUGACACUGCAUGAGACGAAGACGGACAUCAUUACGUCUGAUGUACUAGGAAUUUUCUGUUUUUCCACCUGUUGGGGGAGUGAACCUUACAAUAAUCAACACAUUUUAAUGUAAUGCAUCAAUGUCAGGACCACUCACUGUCACCUUGGAUCACUUAUUUCUUUAACUCUUCAAACAAGAAGCCUUUGUUUGUUUGGCUACUUAUGUUUAAGGCUGAUUCCAGAUUUGGUUUGCUCCUAAGGUUCAACAAAUUUGUGUUUUCUUUUAAACUAUUAAUCUUUGCCAGUUGAUGAUAGAAUCUAAGUUAGUUGUUGUAUUUUGAUGACCAAGAAUGAAAGUGGAAGUCUGUAUUUCAACUGUAGGACAUCCAUGCAAUUGUUGUACAUUUGGCCUUAUAAAUUUUAUAUGUAACUGA